GGGCUCCUGGGUGAGGCCGUCAAGUUUGGAGCGUGGUCAGACAAUAGGGGCGUGGCUACGGCUCGCGGAGCGCGACCAACUCUCUAGACCAGACCUGGGCUCGAGACCAUAACUGUUCGGGUUUAACAGUCCGUGGGCGGCCGGAAUCCGGGAGUCCAGUGACCGGGCUGUGGUCUAGCAUAAAGACGGAGCCCAGAAGAAGGGGCGGGGUAUGGGAGAAGCCUCCCCGCCUGCCCCCACAAUGCGGCAUCGGCUGGUCCUGCUGCUGCUCCUCUCUGCCCUGGUGACCCCCUCCACUGCAGCCCCUAUCCACGAUGCUGAUGCUCAAGAGAGCUCCUUGGAUCUUACAGGCCUCCAGAGCCUACUCCAAGGCUUCAGCCGACUUUUCCUGAAAGGUAACCUGCUUCGGGGCAUAGACAGUUUCUUCUCUGCCCCCAUGGACUUCUGGGGCCUCCCUAGGAACUACCACAAAGAGGAGAACCAGGAGCACCCGCUGGGGAACAACACCCUCUCCAGCCACCUUCAGAUCGACAAGAUGACCGACAACAAGACAGGAGAGGUGCUGAUCUCCGAGAAUAUGGUGGCAUCCAUCCAACCAGCAGAGGGGAGCUUCAAGGGUGACUUGAAGGUACCCAGGAUGGAGGAGAAGGAGGCCCUGGUACCCAUCCAGAAGGCCAUGGACAGCUUCCAUGCAGAACUCCAUCCCCGGGUGGCCUUCUGGAUCAUGAAGCUGCCACGGCGGAGGUCCCACCAGGAUGCCCUGGAGGACGGCCACUGGCUCAGCGAGAAGCGACACCGCCUGCAGGCCAUCCGGGAUGGACUCCGCAAGGGGACCCAUAAGGUUGUCUUAGAAGAGGGGACUGAGAGCUCCUCCCACUCUAGGCUGUCCCCCCGAAAGACCCACUUACUGUACAUCCUCAGGCCCUCCAGGCAGGUGUAGGGGUGGGGACUGGGGAGCACCUGCCUGUAGCCCCCAUCAGACCCCACCCCAAGCACCAUAUGGAAAUAAAUUUCUUUCUUACAUCUAA